GUGAUUGAGUGAAUAUAUAUGAGCAUGAGUGCUCUAUCCCUGGUUCUCCCUCCCGUAUCUGCGUAGAAUGAGCUUGUGUUGAGCUGAAAGUAAGUUAGUGUAUUAUUUGUAUAAAGGGAUCGAGCAUGAAGGAAGCCUUGAGGGAAGAGCAAAUUGGUGAAUUUUUGGAGGCCUUCUGUCUUUUUGACAAAGAUGGAGAUGGCUGCAUAACCAUUGAAGAAUUAAGCACUGCAAUCAGAUCACUAGAUGAAAAUCCAACGGUGGAGGAGUUGCAAAUUAUGAUGAACGAAGUGGAUAUGGAUGGCAACGGAACCAUAGAAUUCGGGGAAUUCUUGAAUCUCAUGGCUAGAAAAAUGAAGGAAACGGAAGCAGAAGAGGAAUUGAAGGAAGCUUUCAGGGUGUUUGACAAAGAUCAUGAUGGUUAUAUAUCGCCCAGUGAGUUGAGGUCUGUGAUGAGAACCAUUGGAGAGAAGGUGACCGACGAAGAAGUGGAACAGAUGGUCAAAGAGGCUGAUUUAGAUGGUGACGGGCUCGUUGAUUAUGAAGAGUUCGUGAGGAUGAUGUUGGCUGUUUAAUAAAAAAUAUAUACAAGCUUAAUUAAAUGUAUGUAUAUUGGUAUAAUUUUAAUGUUUGGUUAGUAUAUUAUUCCUGGACGUACGGAUGUAGGAAACUAACAUACUAUACACAUCACAUCCUUAUACGAUCUCUAUAGCUGUAACACAAUCUUUAUCAAAUUAUUCUAAAAUUGGGCAUUUAUUUCAAA